AAAGAAAAAAAAGAAGAACAAGUAAAAUGCCGCUUUGAUGCUGCUACAUGUUGCGCUCGAACGAAUCGGUUCAUUUGAACGAACUGUUCGAACAAACAGGUUUGUUGAAAUGCCUGGAGGAAGACGGUAACAAAAGCGAAAGCCACACAGAACGAAUUUAUCAGCUCUGAGCAAUGCUAGAGAUUUUAUUCUGUCUCAUGCAUUACACAGAUUUGUGUAUAAUGCACUGCAUUUAAGGACUUAUAUAUUACACGUUUAUUUCUGAAGGAUGUUGAUCUGAUAUAUACGAGUCUUCUUCCACUGGAAACAGAUCUCGGUGGUUUUCUCAAGGUGAGCGCGAGAAACGAUUGAAGAUGACCAACUGCACGCUGAACAUGACCACAGGCAUCCAGAACUUCCAGCUGGCCGCGCUCGUACCAACCUUCAUCCUCGGUGUCCCGGGAAACAUUUACGUCUUGGUGAUGUUCUGCCGACGUCCCAGAACCAAAUGGACCUACAUGAACAUCUACAUCAGCAACAUGGCGAUCGCCGACUGCGUCGUGCUCGCGCUCGUCCCCGUCCGCAUCGUGUCCUACAUCUGGAAAGAUUUGGGACUCAAUGACCAAAAUAACAAAGAGCUGUGUUUCGUCCUCCAGUCGGUUUAUUACGUCAACAUGUACGUCAGCAUCUUCACGGUCACUGCUAUAAGCGUCGUGCGCUACGUGGCCAUCAAGUAUCCGCUAAAAGCGCGGGAGAUUUUAUGUUGUAGGAAGGCACUGGUGGUUUGCGUGCUCAUUUGGCUGGUCAUUUGCUCGAUGAGCGCCGUGUUCCACCACGUAGACAACCCGGAAAAAAAUGAUACGUUCAAGUGCUUUCAGAAAAACCAAGAAAAAGCAUUACCAUUGAGCUUCGUUUUGUCUCUAAACAUCAUUGGGUUCCUCGUGCCGUGUCUUAUCAUGUUGUUCUGCUCCCUUAGAGUCAUUUUCAAACUGAAGAAACAGCUGGGAAUCGGCUCCCGCUCUGAGAAGCUCCAGUGUAUGUAUAUCAUCGCCGCCAAUCUGACUGUUUUCGUCAUUUGUUUUUUUCCAUUCCACUUUGGCUUUCUCCUCAAGUACAUCAUGCAGGCUCAUGGGUACGACUGCGAUGCACAGUUUUUCGCACAUAAUUUCGUUCAUGGCGCAAUGUGUGUGUCCAGCAUGAACUCCGCUCUCGACUGCGUCAGUUAUUAUUUUGCCACCAAAACAUCACGGAAACUGUGCUUCUCGAAACAAACCACAAGUGAGGAAUAUGAGUGCAAUUAUAACAGGGUCACGCAAUGAAUAUAUAUAUAUUAAAACUAGUUUCACGCAAUAUAUAUUUUAUUUUGGCAACCUUGGAACAUUAACUUGAUGCUUUAAUUUGGAACAUUAACUUGGACCAAAAAAUUGGAGGCUUAAUUUGGAACAUUAACUUGGUGCCUUAAUUUGGAACAUUAACUUGGUGCCUUAAUUUGGAACAUUAACAUGGUGCCUUAAUUUGGAACAUUAAUAACUUGGACCAAAAAAUUGGAGCCUUAAUUUGGAACAUUAACUUGGACCAAAAAAAUUGGAGCCUUAAUUUGGAACAUUAACUUGGUGCCUUAAUUUGGAACAUUAACAUGGUGCCUUAAUUUGGAACAUUAAUAACUUGGACCAAAAAAUUUGAGCCUUAAAAAAAAUUGAACAUUAACUUGGUGCCUUAACUUGGAGCCUUAACUUGGAGCCUUAAUUUGGAACAUUAACUUAGCCAAUCUGGAAAACUGCCAAUCCAGUUACUUGGCCAAUAAUUAAUUAUUUAAUUAUUAUUAAUUAAUAAUGAAUGUUAACUUGGAACAUUAACUUAACUUGGAGCCUUAAUUUGCAACAUUAAUUUGGAACAUUAAACUUGGGUUUAUUAAGAAAAUGUUUACGCUAGUUUUAUUUAAUGAAAUACACAUGCAUAUUUUUGUGUAAACAUUUUUUCAUACAAAAUCUAUUUUUAAUUAUAUAUCCAGUAAAGUUUGAUGAUGGUAUUAAUAAAUACAAACUAACCGAGAUCUGAAAUUUGCGCUGCAAGUGCAGUUUUAAAGUAAUUUUAUAAUGAUAAUCUUUAAAUUUAUAGAUUUCCUUUUGAGUUAACUUUUAUGUUUGCUCUCAUCAAGAUUUUAGCAAACAUUAUAUAUAUAUAAAGUUUGUAAAAAAGUUUUUAACAAGUAUUUACAAAAGUCAAAUGAUUAUACAUUAUAAGUAAAAAAUGUCAACCUAAGCAUUCGUGUAACAUUUGGCACUGAUUUUGGAAUUUUUAUUUUUAUGAAUGUAAAUACAUAUGAUUUUAUACUUUUUUUGAUGUUUUACAACAAACAUAAUGAAAAAAAAUUACAAAAAAAGAAAUCCAAGGAAAAAAAGUGUAAAUCUAGGAAUUUACAAAUUUUUGCUAAUAAUUGCUGCUAAAAGCUUUUGUAAUGUUGUAUUAUGCCAAGAUUUUAUUUUGCUUGAACUGCUUGAAAAAGUAAGACUUCUGCUGAAAAUCAGGGUAUUUUUGAGUGAGCUUUACAUUAAUGUUUUAAAAGCGCUUCUGAUAUGUUUCUGUGUAUUUGAUCAGUCAGGGAUGUAGAAAUGAAAUCUGAUCCGUGUUGGUGCUGUUUGUUCUUCAUCUGACGGUGUUUUGUCUCUGAAUGCCAUCUUCUGGUCACACACUGUCUGGACUCCUGUCUUCUGGAUCUAUAAGCACAUGACUCUAGUAAUGCCAGUAUUAUCCUGUUGGAGAAAUAAAUCAUCUAACA